GGUCGCGGGCCACUGCGGUCCCGGAACUUUCCGCUCCGCGUCCCGUCCCCUCCUCUCCCCAUGCCCGGUCCCCCUUCCCGGCCCGCGCCGACCCGCUUCAGCCGUUGUGCUGCCCUUCGCUUCCGCCGGGCGUUGCUGAACGCGCUGCCCGCACUUGCGGGCCCCUGAGUUUGGUCUUUGGAUCUUCUCGGCUGAGUGAAACCAUAUCUCCUAGUUGGUCAUGCUUUACCGGCUGCUGUCGAUUGUCCAGAGACAGAGAGCUGGCCCAGGAUGGCAGACAUGGUCAUCAGCAAGAAGCAGCACGUCAGCUGCCGAGGCACAGUCCAUUGCCCUGCCUGCCCAGGCGCAGGUGGUCAUCUGUGGGGGCGGCAUCAUGGGUACAUCCGUGGCCUAUCACCUCUCCAAAAUGGGAUGGCAGGAUAUUAUCCUUCUGGAGCAGGGCAGGCUGGCUGCUGGCUCCACAAGGUUCUGUGCUGGCAUCCUAAGCACUGCUAGACAUUCAAGCAUUGAACAGAAGAUGGCAGACUAUUCAAACAAACUCUACCAUCAGUUAGAGCAAGAAACAGGGAUCCAAACAGGGUACUUAAGGACAGGCUCAAUCUGUCUGGCCCAAACUCAGGAUCGGUUGAUCUCUCUGAAGCGUAUCAACUCAAGGCUGAAUGUUAUAGGUAUCCCUUCUGAGAUCAUCUCCCCGAAGAAAGUGACUGAACUUCACCCUCUCCUCAAUGUGCAUGAUCUGGUGGGGGCCAUGCAUGUUCCUGAGGAUGCAGUCGUAUCCUCUGCUGAUGUGGCUCUUGCCCUGGCAAGUGCUGCCUCCCAGAAUGGUGUUCAGAUUUAUGACCGGACGAGUGUUCUUCAUGUAUUGAUCAAGAAAGGUCAAGUUACUGGUGUGGAGACAGAUAAAGGACAGAUUGAAUGCCAGUAUUUUGUCAACUGUGCUGGUCAGUGGGCAUACGAGCUGGGUCUGUCCACCGAGGAGCCGGUUAGUAUCCCGCUACAUGCCUGUGAACACUUCUACCUUCUGACUCGUCCCUGGGAGACCCCUCUGCAGAGCAACACACCAACUAUUGUGGAUGCUGAUGGAAGAAUUUACAUCAGGAACUGGCAGGGUGGCAUCUUGUCUGGAGGCUUUGAGAAGAACCCAAAACCUAUUUUCACCGAGGGCAAGAACCAGUUGGAAAUUCAGAACCUGAGGGAAGAUUGGGAUCACUUUGAGCCCCUGUUGAGUUCCCUCCUGCGUAGGAUGCCAGUAUUGGAGACUCUGGAGAUUUUGAAGUUGGUGAAUUGCCCUGAGACCUUCACACCAGACAUGAAGUGCAUCAUGGGCGAGUCUCCUGUAGUACAGGGCUACUUUGUCCUGGCAGGGAUGAACUCUGCUGGCCUGUCGUUGGGUGGAGGAGCUGGAAAGUUCCUUGCUGAAUGGAUGGUAUAUGGUUAUCCCUCUGAAAAUGUCUGGGAAUUGGAUUUGCAGCGCUUUGGAGCCCUCCAGAGCAGCCGCACCUUUCUGCGCCACCGGGUCAUGGAAGUCAUGCCUCUGAUGUACGAUCUGAAGGUUCCCCGUUGGGACUUCCAGACUGGGAGGCAGUUACGUACAUCUCCUCUUUAUGACCGGCUGGAUGCUCAAGGAGCCAGAUGGAUGGAGAAACAUGGAUUUGAGAGGCCAAAGUACUUUGUUCCACCCAAUAAUGACCUUCUUGCAUUGGAACAGAGCAAGACUUUCUACAAGCCAGACUGGUUUGAUAUUGUGGAGUCGGAAGUCAAGUGCUGUAAGGAGGCUGUGUGUGUCAUUGACAUGUCUUCUUUCACAAAGUUUGAAAUAACUUCCACUGGGGAUCAGGCAUUAGAAAGUCUGCAGUAUGUUUUCUCCAAUGACCUGGAUGUGCCUGUCGGCCACAUUGUGCAUACGGGCAUGCUCAACGACUAUGGAGGGUAUGAAAACGAUUGCAGCAUCGCACGCCUGAACAAACGCAGUUUCUUCAUGAUCUCUCCAACUGACCAGCAGGUCCACUGUUGGGCCUGGCUUAACAAAUACAUGCCGAAAGAUAGCAACUUGUUACUGGAGGAUGUCACCUGGAAAUACACAGCCCUCAAUCUGAUUGGCCCUCGGGCUGUGGAUGUGCUGUCUGAGUUGUCCUAUGCCCCUAUGACUCCAGACCACUUUCCAAGUCUGUUUUGCAAGGAGAUGAGUGUGGGCUAUGCAAAUGGGAUCCGCGUGAUGAGUAUGACUCACACAGGAGAGCCAGGAUUCAUGCUGUACGUUCCCAUAGAGUAUGCUCUGCAUGUCUACAAUGAGGUGAUGAGCGUUGGACAGAAGUAUGGAAUCCGGAAUGCUGGGUAUUAUGCUCUUCGAAGUCUCCGAAUUGAGAAGUUUUUUGCCUUCUGGGGGCAAGACUUAAACACCCUCACCACUCCCCUGGAAUGUGGAGGAGAGUCUCGAGUGAAGUUAGAGAAGGGCAUAGAUUUCAUCGGUCGAGAUGCCCUGCUGCAGCAGAAGCAGAAUGGGGUAUAUAAGCGCCUUGCUAUGUUCAUUCUGGAUGACCACGACACAGACCUCGACCUGUGGCCUUGGUGGGGAGAACCCAUUUACCGGAAUGGGAAGUAUGCUGGCAAGACCACCAGUAGUGCCUAUAGCUACACUCUUGAGCGCCACGUAUGCCUGGGUUUUGUGCACAAUUUCUCUGAGGACAGUGGGGAAGAGCAGGUGGUGACAGCGGAUUUCAUCAACCGCGGAGAAUAUGAAAUUGACAUUGCAGGCCAUCGGUUUCAGGCCAAGGCCAAGCUGUACCCUGUCAUCUCCUUUUUCACUCACAAGCGUAGAAAGGAUGAUGUGGAGCUGAGUGACUUUCAUGGGAAGUAAUGCCAAGACAUUCUCCCUUCUCCCAUUCUCACGAGGAGCAUUGUUCUGGGAGCUGCUGCUUCUGUCCCUGUCUCCUUACUGAAGGUUCCUCUGUCCCUUCUCUUAACUUUCCAAUUUGACCUACUUUAAACGUUUUCCUUGAAAGCCUUUUUUGUCCUCCCAUUUUCUUUUCAUUUGCUGUUACCUCCUAAUAAUCCAGGUUCUUCUCAUCCCUCCCGCAGCCCCACAUUCCCACAGGGGAAGGCAGGAGCCACUUGUGGCGUUAAGGUGACAAACUGAUUUUUCAAAUCAUCUUGAGGCAGGUCGGUAUUAUUUAAGUUUUAGGGCAAAAGUCCAGUUCCCUUGGGCUGGGAUUCUUAGAGUAAUCUGAUUUUGGUAGAUGACUGUGUGUCUCAUAUAGCCCUGGGAAUAGCUUGUAUCUUAAGCAGGCAGAUGAUUCUGUUCCACUGUGCUGUAGGUUCCACCUGAUACCUCUUAACCAUCUACCUCACCAAUGAGAGGGAUUUCAUGGACACUGUCUGCUCUGUGGGAGGGACGAGUAGUUAACCUGGCCUCUCCAGCCCUCCAACUCUGUUCUUAGAUGUUUGGGCCAGGGCAUCCUGCCUGCACUUUUCUUUAUUUUCUGCUAUUUUGUAUAGUGAGGUGGUUUGUUUUUUAGCUGAGUAAACAAGUAUGCCAGUAUUUGAAAGGGGUGGGGAACCCAUGUUGCCUUUUGUGUUGCUUUUCCCAGCGGGAGCAGUGUGAACUCAGAUGUUGAGUUCCUACUCUUAGAAGAGUGUUGCUUUUCUUUCGGUUACUCAUAGGUCAGCUAGCUGUCCCUUCUUGAUUUUCUUCAGAUGGCUUCUAGCCUCACCUGUGCCUUGUGUAGCCUGCUGUGAGCUCAACAUUCAUUCCUACCCCUUUAGAAGAGGGAGAGAGGAUUAGGUGGGGGGGGAGUCUUGGUGAGUGAGUAAACCAUGCUGUUCAUACUGCGUUCCGAGAGCUUCCAGAGCCAAGUUUUACAUCCUGACAUGAACAAAGCCACAUACAGAUGGCCAUUGAGAGCUGUAAGGACAGUGCAGGCCAGAGACUGCUUUCCAUCUUUUCUUUCCAGGCUCCCCACUCUCACCCCGCCCCGCAACAGAACCUUUGGAGUGGAAAGUGACUGGGGUGCCCACCAAAUGCACUACCUAUUCCAGUGGCACUGCUGUUUUCUUUUUGUGAUAGGGGUUCUCACCGGAGCUCAGGCUGGCCUCAGAUCUGCAGGGCUCCUCCUGCCUUGUCUCCUGAGUACUAGGAUUUCAGGGGUGGUGACAGUGUGUUUUCUAAAGGUGAAACUUGGAUGUGACAGGCUGUGCUGUAGAACGCCCACACUUCAUUUUCUCUUGUACACAGACUGCCCAGUCUGGAUUGAGAACCUUUCAUUCAACUGCAGUUCUCAGUAACUUGGGCGCAUUGGUUCUGCUAAAUUUACAUUGAUAGAAGCUUUCAUUUCAGUGGUGCAGCUCAAAAUUUUCAAGUGUCUCUUUGGCACUUCUGUAGAACCCGUUAUCCGCUCAGACUGGUUCUUUUCACACAUUUCUUGCUGUUUUCUCCAGCUAGGCCGCUCGUACUUGGCUUCUGAGACGAUUUUCAUUGACUUAUUAAAGGGCACACAAUUAGAAGUUGCUGUGAGGGGAAAUUGCUAUUUUGGAGGGAAGUUUAGUGAGAUGAGAACUACUGUCUCCAGGCAAAGGGAAGAAAGGAAUAAUACUCCAGUAGAAAGCUGAGCGAGGCAACAGCAGCAGUGAGCUGUUGAGAUCCAGAGCAGGCCCUUGGCUGACCCAUGAAGACGGAAGUAGAGAUGCACAGCUCCAGGUAUUUGUGCUCUUUGAAAUAUGGUGGUAACAUUCUGCAGUCUGGGAGUGAAAGUUUACUUGGAAUUGAAUACAAAAGAAAUUUUUGACCUAUGCAUCGAUAGUAAAAGUUUGGCAGCAAACUUGUUCUUUAACUGUUGAAAGUGUUACCACUUAAGUUCCAAACUGGGGGCGGGGGGAACUCUUCCAAAGCAGUAAUAGUUUAAACUCAUAGUAUAUUAUUCAAGGAUUUCAGCAUAGACUAAGUGUUGCCUGCACUUGUUAAUCUCUAGCUACUUAAUUAACUGUCCCUUCUGAGUAGGAGGGAAAGUACAAGUCUUCAGCUCGAAGUUCUAGCUGUGGCUGGUGUCAGCCUUUGAGCUGACAGACCUUGCUUGUCUCGCUAGGAAGGCAUAAGAGAGAGGAGAGUGAAGCAUUUUGAAAUGCCUGACCAGGGUCAUGGUCCUGUUCCUUCAACUGUGGUUAGGGGUUGGAUUUUCUGAGCUGCCACUUCUUUACUGUGUACCCCAAAACAAACUUACAUUUGGCACUAACUGCUUCCUUAGAGUUUCUCUUGCUCCAUGCAAACAUAAACAGUGCAAAUCUGCCGUCCCCCCUUUUGCCCUGAUAGAAGUGCUGUAAGUAGACUGUUCUCCUCCACUAACCCUGCAGCUUUUCCUAGGCUUGGUGUCAUAAACACCUCAGACAGUCGAGGGGACCUGAAACCCCUGGCCCACUAGUGUUGGGAGAGCAUUCUAGGCUCUCAGGAGUAAAUGCAGCUUGUUAACAGAAAUGCUAGGUCUAGAGCAGUGGCUCUUAACCUGUGGGUUGCGACCCCUUUGAGGUCAAAUGACCCUAUCACAGAGGUUGCCUAAGAUCAUCGGAAACGCAGAUAUUUACAUUAUGAUUCACAACAGUAACAAAAUUACAUUUAUGAGUUGGCAAUGAAAAUAAUUUUAUGGUUGGGAGUUACCACGACAUAAGGAACUGUAUUAAGGGAAGGGUCGAAGCAUUAGGAAGGUUGAGAACCACUGUUCUAGAGGCAUGAUUGAAAAUCCAGGAAGAGGGCUGGAGAGAUGGCUCAGAGGUUAAGAGCACUGGCUGCUCGUCCGAGGUCCUGAGUUCAAUUCCCUUUGAUCACAUGGUGGCUCACAACCAUCUAUAAUGAGAUCUGGUGCCGUCUUCUGGCCUGCAGGCAAACACGCAGGCAGAACACUGUACAUAAUAAAUAAAUCUUGAAAAGAGAAGAAAAGAAAAUCCAGGAAGAAUAAUCACUGUGCGUCCUCAGUUGUGUGACAUUUCCAACUCUUGGAUGGUGAGGCUACCUUGUAUGACAGGACGCUCCGAGGAGCUGGUUAGUUUUAAGGGAUUGUAAACACUGCAGCUUUAGGUGACAGAUUCUCUAGAAUAAUCUCUUGUCACAUCUACUUUCCAGAGAUGAGGAGUUCCAUGUUCUCUUCCUUGAUUAUAGUAGCAAUUAAGUCUCUUUGAACAAGGUAACAAAGUAUAUUGAAGACCUAAGGUUGGGAGUUUUCUGUGAGCCUUCUUGAAGUCAGAAGGCUUUCUUUCCUCUUAGCUGUUCAUUACAUGUGCAAAGCCUGCUUCUCAGGACUGCCGUAGUCAUUGGAAUAUACCAGGCUUGUGACAGAGUUCCCUCCCAUGACACAGGUACUGAACUUACAAAAGGACAAGUAGGAAUGGUUUCGUUAGUCCUAAUUGUGAGCACACCUCACUGAAGUUUUAGUUCUUCCAUGGGUCCCACGGGCCUCCUUAGUCCCGGGACACAGGAUCAUUUAACACAGUCUGUCUCCAGGAGCCCGUUCAUGCGGCAGUGGAGUGCAGCCCUUCAGUGGCUUGUCUCCUCUCCACCAGAGGUAUUCUAGACUGCUGGGUCCAAGUAACGAGAUAGGAAAAUGCAAUUUACAGAUAUGUGGGUGGCAGGAGGAAUUAUAAGUAGCAGGAACUGCUAAAGGUUUGCUUCAUUUUGCUGAAGACUCACUGCUUUGAUUUUCUGGGUGAUUAGCUUCUAGCUUCUGAACACAUUUGCUAGCAUCUGAAAAGAUCUUCACCAUCCUUGGGGAGAAUGUUAUGCCUUACAGUGUUGGUACUAGCCUUGGAAGACUGUCAGGAAGAGCAGUUGCAGCAUCCUGUUUACAGGGGUGAACAACAACUUUCAUCCUUAUAUCUCUUCUUGGCCAAAGGUAACAGAUUUAUAAUAUUUAGGACAAUGAAGAAUGACUUGUCGUUUUCAUUUUCUGCCUCCCAACACCCCCACCUCACAAAUGUUGAUAGGUAAGUAGCAUAGUAUUAACACAACACAGGUACAUUUUCUUGUGGCUAAAGAAUGUUCGUCUUGUACUUAUAUCUGUAGGCACAUAGACUGAGGAGAAGCAAGUGCGUAGGGAAGUGUGUCUGAGCUGUAGCUACGCCCCGUGUUCCUGUCAGAAAUGCUAAGGGAGCUAUGGGUCGGUUUGGGAGCACCUCUCCUCUGCCUCCAUUUCUUUUGGUCUCCAAGGUGCUGAUGUGUAAGCCCCAUUUUCAUGUCGAUAUGGGGCUUUCUCCUGCGGUUCCUCAACAGUACCAGCACACUGUUCAGCACAAGGAUUGAGUGUUUCGCACAUCUCUCCUCUUAGUAUGUUAAACAUCAGCAUUUUCUCGGUAUAAGACUCUUGGCCUCUAAGCAGUUGUCUACAUCUGAAUAAUUAUAUACAUUUUGCUCAUAUUUUGAUUCACCUGUUUUUAAUCUUUGCAAACAUCUACCUCCUUGCCUUCUUGUCUGGGAAGGACAGAUUACAAGAGGAGGGGGAGUUAUCUUACCAUGUUUCAAAAGGUCCGUGCCAGGAUUUCCUUUGCACACCAAGAGCUGAAGCUCGGAGUACUUCUCGGCCUAGUUCUCGUGCCUUACCCUCCAGACGUCCAGUCGUGGACUGAGGUAGGAAGAAAGCAGAAUGUUCAGUCUGGGUUCUCAUCACCCCACAGCAACCCUCCUUCCUCAGAGUAAUUUGGGUGUGGGGUAAUAAGUUCAGCUCAUUUCACUGAAAGCUUUUCUAGUUCAUACUUAACUCUCUGGUCAAUGCUUAAGCUAUAUAAAGCACCAUUGUAAUUUCUAUGAAGUUCUGUAAAUUUGCAUUUAGUGUGGUUCUGCUCAGCGCUCUUCUGUUCCCGUGUAGUGUCAGCAUGUGGUCCUGAGGACAUUCUAGAUACUGGAGUAAAUAAGGACUUUUCUCAAGAGCAAACUCUGCUGACUUUGGACACAUGGGGUAACUGUAUUUAAUGGACAGAAUUAUUUCUGGAUGGCUAGAUUCCAACUGAGAUUUUCUUUUCAUGUAUUAGGUAUAUAAAUGAAUAAAAAGAUGUUUUCAUUAACUAUU